UGCUCGCCCCUGGCCGCCGCUGUGGCCGUUGCGGGGCGCCCGUCCCCGCCUCCCGGGGGCCAUGCGCUGCCCCUGCUCGGCCUGAGGCGAGGAGCUGCCCGCUGGAGGCGAGGGGCGACGGCCACUCCCCGCGUGGCCUGGGCCGCCCUGAGGGAAGCCGGGCACCUCACCGCCCCGGCGGGAGGAGGGUUUCGGCUCCUCUGUCCCGCGGCCCAGGGACCGGGCGGUGCUUCGCUUCAUGCUGAACAUGAGCCUUGUUAUGAUCAGUGAGAAUGUAAAGCUGGCCCGUGAAUAUGCCUUACUGGGAAAUUAUGACUCUGCGAUGGUCUACUACCAGGGAGUUCUUGACCAAAUGAAUAAGUACCUCUACUCUGUCAGAGAUACAUAUCUGCAACAGAAAUGGCAACAGGUUUGGCAGGAGAUAAGUGUGGAAGCUAAGCAUGUGAAAGAUAUAAUGAAAACACUAGAGAGUUUUAAAUUAGACAGUACUCCAUUGAAAGCUUCACAACAAGAAUUACCAGCUCAUGAUGCAGAAGUCUGGUCUUUGCCAGUACCUGCUGAACGUAGACCUUCGCCAGGACCCAGAAAACGUCAGUCUGCUCAGUGCAGCGAUUGCAGAGGUCACAAUAAUCGUAUAAGUGCAGCUGUCAGAGGCCCUCACCGUCCAUCCUCUCGAAAUCCCAAUGAUAAAGGGAAGGCAGUCCGCAGCCGGGAAAAAAAGGAUCAGCAAAAUAAAGGAAAAGAGGAAAAGAACAAAUCCACAUCUGAGAUUUCAGAGUCUGAACCAAAGAAAUUUGAUAGUACUGGAUAUGAUAAAGAUUUAGUAGAAGCUUUGGAAAGAGAUAUAAUUUCUCAGAAUCCCAACAUUCGAUGGGAUGACAUUGCUGAUUUAGUAGAAGCCAAAAAGCUGCUUAAGGAAGCUGUAGUUUUACCAAUGUGGAUGCCAGAGUUUUUUAAGGGAAUUAGAAGACCAUGGAAGGGCGUGCUGAUGGUUGGUCCUCCUGGUACUGGAAAGACCCUCCUGGCAAAAGCUGUAGCCACUGAAUGCAAGACUACUUUUUUCAAUGUUUCUUCUUCCACACUAACUUCAAAAUACAGAGGAGAAUCUGAGAAACUUGUUCGUCUGCUGUUUGAAAUGGCUCGAUUUUAUGCCCCGACAACUAUAUUUAUUGAUGAGAUAGACUCUAUCUGUAGUCGCAGGGGAACUUCAGAGGAGCAUGAAGCUAGCCGACGUGUCAAGGCAGAACUGCUAGUUCAAAUGGAUGGUGUUGGAGGGGCUACUGAAAAUGAUGAUCCUUCCAAGAUGGUCAUGGUACUUGCUGCUACUAAUUUUCCUUGGGAUAUUGAUGAAGCCCUAAGACGGAGACUAGAAAAGAGAAUUUACAUUCCUUUACCAUCAGCAAAAGGUAGAGAGGAACUCCUAAGAAUAAAUCUGCGAGAGCUGGAACUGGCUGAUGAUGUUGACCUUGCAAAUAUAGCUGAGAAAAUGGAGGGUUAUUCAGGUGCAGACAUUACCAACGUAUGCAGAGAUGCAUCAUUGAUGGCUAUGAGAAGGCGUAUUGAAGGCUUGACACCAGAAGAAAUAAGAAAUCUUUCCCGAGAUGAAAUGCACAUGCCAACAACUAUGGAAGACUUUGAAAUAGCUUUGAAGAAAGUUUCUAAAUCUGUAUCUGCUGCGGACAUUGAGAAAUAUGAGAAAUGGAUAGUUGAAUUUGGAUCAUGCUGAGUUGUCUUAUCUUGAAGAAGCCACCUUACGUCUUAAAACAGCUUUAUAAGUAAUAAGUAGUGUGUCAGUGCACUGCGUGCUCUUUUUAACUUUUGUAAUUUAAGAGCAACAGAUGUCUAAAUAAAUUUUUUUUUUUAAAAUGCAAAU